AUGCUCCUUCCUCUCACAUUCCCUGCCUAUGCAAACAUUCAGGAUGCUAGCGGUCCUCCAAUACGCGUCAUUGAGUCCGACUUUAACUCGGAACAGACAGCUUCGUUCAUAUCCUGGAGAACAGAGAAUGGUUUAGAUCAUACUGCUGUCGGUAGCUCCAAUGGUUCCAUCAAUGUCUUCAUCUUCCACCCUACCAAUAUUCCAAUUUUGGACUCUCGUGCACGACCCACUAUCACACCACCUUCUGAGCAUAAUCCACCCACUGCCCCAUCUCCAUCUCCCUCACACUCUCGUCGGCACUCUCGAUCCCUCCAGUCACCCUCGUCGUUAUCAUUCAAUCAAGCUCUAAUCAAUGUAUCCGCCAGAGCGCGAGUGGUUUCUGGCGUAUCAUGCGAACAAGUAGAAGCCCCGAAGAAUUACGUUGACUUCGAAGACGAACCUGGACGAUUGAAGGACAUACUCAGGAGCAACAGCAAGCACAAGCGCACUCUCGCAGACUCAAUACUUCCUAACUUUGAUAGAGGCGUAGUGAUAGAGCAGUCGCCUGCUCCAGCCUCUCCAACGCUUCUGCCCACCUUGCCAAACUCAUCUUCAGGUGCUUCUAGCACGAGCAACAAUAAGGAUGAUCCCAGAUCGCUGCUUUCGGCCACAAAUUCCCCGGCGUUCCCCUCGGGAUCUCUUUCGGUACUGCCGUCUCCUCGUCAACUAUCCCCCUUCGAUGGCUCACCGUCUUGCGGAACGGUUAAAGCAAGUAUCAUCCUUGAUCCUUGCGGACCUGGACAUGCGGUAUCUGGCAUGCGGUAUUUAGAGACGGCGGACCUAUUGGUGGUCCUUCAGGAAUCAGGCAAAUUAUCUGCCUUUGACAUGCGGGACAGUACGUGUGUAGCAACAUGUGAAUGCACGAGUACAAGAUCAUAUCAGGAUCAGUUUUGGAAAUGGGAGACUAUUCGGAUAGUGCCUACGGGGGACCCAACGUACCUCAUUCUGGCGUGUGCAUCACCUUCGCAGCCUCCUUUUGCAGAGACAUUUGGCCUUGCAGAUGAACCUCGUGAUUCCACAGCGCGUAUGAAUAUGUUUGAGCUUUCUGUGGGGGACCCGCAUGGUGUGCAUCCAACAAGGUUCGAGAGGCUCGCCUCCGAUGUCUGGCAAGUCGAUGGGCCAGCCGCUGGAGUAGAGUUACUUAUGAAUGAUACCGACGUUCACAUUAAUUCAACGAAUUACCUUGUCACUCGGCGCUUAACUAUCAUCCCCGCAUAUGAAAUACGAGCUCGCGGACGGUCCUUUACCUCUUCUCCAGCUCAUUCACAAGAAGAUAGCAAGUCAUUGGCGAUUCCGAACCCGUUCAAAGUGUUUGGUAGCAAAAGCGUCGAGAGUGUUGCCCUCUUGGGUCAAAAUAAUAAUCCUGCAACAGAGCAGGAGAACAUCUCUCCCACAAUCGAUCUUGGGCGAGUCCAACUAGAGGAAGAAGAAUCCCGUGGUAUUGUGAUCUCAUCUCCAGAGUUUUUGCUUGAAGGCAUUACUGCCCGCUAUGCUGGUUUGAAUGAGAGGAUUAUAGGGCUCGCGUGGUCGAACACAGAUAUUACGGGAUUUAUUGCAGGAGAACAAGAGAGAGACCUUACAACUUUCGCUGUUCCUUUCAAGAGCCGGGGUAAGAUCCAAGGUGUGCAUUUCAUGGAUGAUCAAGCGUUUGUGGUACUUAGUGACACCAUCUCUUACUACUGUUUGCGGCGCGCUGACGCCGAUAAUAACACUGGAACUGCUUUUUCUGGAACGUCGAUGAUCACUCAAGCAAUUCAAACGUCGACGACUUCUGGUGGCCCUUCAUUGAUGCUAUCGUGGUCAAGAUCGUCCCCUCACGAUGUCUUUGCGCUCAGGCAGCUCCGAUCAGGCCAGAAGGAGAUUUUGGUUCAUACUAUCAAUCCCAGGCAGGACGUAUCGACCAAGCAGCAGCGCCGAAGUUUGUGGAGAGCACAGAGUCCGUCCAGUGGUACCAUCCCAGGAGGAGCAACAUUGAUGUCUGUUCUGCCCGUGGAGCUCAACUUUGUCUUACUGGGUUACAGUGAUGGCCACAUUCGACAGACUUCAUUACUGUGCCUUUUGCAGCGAAGGUGCCGUGUACAAUCUGCGCCCCUCUCCGCUUUUUCUCCCAUAUCUGGUGAUGAUUUGUUAUUUGACAAAGUAUCAAACAUGAGCUUGCCUUCGUCUAUAUUGAACAUGCAUCUUGUCCGAAAUGAUCGCACGGGAGAACGAUAUAUUUUAGGAGGAACAGAUGAUGGUGGCAUUGCUAUCUGGGCACUGGAAUCCUUAAAACUCCAAGCGCGAUUUACUCCGUUUAUCGUACCUCUGACGCGUGUAGCGCAGGUGCUACAAUCCAACGAAAAUGCAGGGCCUCUACGGGGAUCGUUACUAUGCGUCUCAGGCGAUGGAACUAUUACUGUGGUAUCGAUAGAAGGCUUCGAAAUGCUUUACCUCAUUCCUGGGGCGUCCUCUCCGAUAGCCCGCAUCUAUACUGGUGGGGAUGACAACAACCGUGCACUAUUGAUCUACGCAGAUGGGAGUGCGCGUGUCUGGGAUGUUGAGUCGGGCGAGUUUCUUCGUGCAACGAACGAAGAGAAAGCCAAAGAGCUCGUCGAUGCUGGUGGCUGGAUCAACAUCUCCCUCGACAAGUCGGAGCUGACCUCAAUCUCCAUUUCGAUACUUAGUGGAUCUGCUGGGCAUGUUUCAUUGUGCACCCUGUUGCUGAGUCUAGAUCGCUUCCUAAAAUACACCUCCGUGAACGUUAAAUCUUUGGGACUUGCGUUAUCAUCAUCAUCUGCCCCUUCAAACGCUACACUUUCACAGCUUCGUGCUGUAUUGUCCGUAUUGCUGACGCCUGGACUCAGUCCUGACAUAGACGAAAUCUGCGAAAAUAGGCUUGGUACCAGCCCAACGUCGAGCACGGUAGGGUUUGCAUCUGCGCUUGCCACCACCAUUUACCAUCAUGAUCAUACCAUUCACGCUUGGUCAAUGUCGGCAAAAGUUUCUGCUGAUCGCGUCCUCGCGAUCGUCUCGGUCUUGAAGAUUUUGUCAUUUGCCGAAGAGCUGUCGCAUGAUUGCCAGACAGUUAUAACAUUCUACUCUACCUCCCUAGCCCAUGUGGUGGGUGCGUCAUACCAAGCCCCAGACGUCGCGUAUUUGGCUACGCAGUGGUUCGACUCAUCCAAUGACAUCCGGCAAGCCGCGAAAACACUUUUUGAAGCAGGGAUUGUGCGUCUUUCGGAUGAAGAGAGCAUUGCCCUUGUUGAUGCAUGGCAACACCACCUGCCAUGCUUGCAGCCUUCAAUCGAGAAGGAAUCCGCGAAAUCUUCACUCGCUUUAUUCAUCUGCGGAUACAUGGCAGCUGAGAAAUACAGUCUAUUAUCCACCAGUUCACUCAUCGACAUCUCCAAGUCCAUCGUGUUGUAUUUGCACGACGAAUCAUCUGCGCACCGUGGUCUAGUCAUUGACCUGUGCGCACGCGGAUUUCAGAUAUGGCAGCAUUACAUCGAUGCUAUGGCGAUGCUCCGUGCAUUGUACACCCUCGCUACAAACACACGUAAGGAAAUUAUCUCAGCUCGAAACAUCGGACCCCAAGCAAGAUUGGCAGUCUUGCAAAUCGCAUCGAGUAGCACGCCUUUCUUCAUGACCACGCUCACACUAGACAUUCUCAAUCCAAAGACGCUGGACCAGCGGAAAGCAGUCAUGCAACUGGUAGCGUUCAUGAUCAGGAAGAGACCCCUGAUCCUGUACCCAAAUCUCCCCAGGUUGAUGGAAGCCGUGGUCAAAUCACUGGAUCCCAAUUCUACUGCAAGCCGGGACGCCGUGCUCGACAGUGCAACCGAAAUCAUCGGCCAUGUGGUGAAGACGUUCCCCACAGUCGACUUCCACAUGGCGACUCAACGCCUUGCCGUCGGAACGAGCGAAGGCGCUUUCAUUAUGUAUGAUCUCAAGACAGCAACGCAGCUGUAUGUUCUCGAAGGACAUAAACGCCGACCGGCGGCGUGUACGUUUUCACCUGACGGACGCCGCCUCGUGACUGUGUCCCUUGAAGAAGGUGUCGUGCUUGUCUGGAAAGUUGGCUCAAGCUUCACGAGUUUCUUCAACCCUGGAGCUCCACCCAGGCAAGGUCAUGGUGGGUCUUUACCGUUCAAAACACUCAAUUUCAAUGUUGGCGACGAAGCUAACAUGACUAUUACGGGCACAUUGGAGUGGGUGAAGUUUGAAUGGCCGGCCGAACGCACCGUCCGUCUUCACAUCCGAGAAAGCGUCCUGACCUUUAGUACCUGA